AGCUGCGCGCCGCACCGCCACGGCGCGCCUGUCCUCCCUGUAUCCUCGGCCCCCCCUCAGGUUGAUUUCAGGAAAAGGGGGCCUUUCUUCACUCUUGCUGACUGAGACGCUGUUUUCCCAGGCUUGAGCACGAAGCGGAGAGGAGACGUGGAGGCUGCGAGGGGACACAUGAGAUGAGCGUCGCUUUCGCUGCGGGCGCUGAAACACAAAACCUUUCCUGGAAAUGGAUUCCAGGAACGAGCGAGUCGAGCCGAGCCGAGCCGAGCAGAGCCUUCAGAAGCUCUGACUGCGCUCCAGUCGCACUUCUUCCUCCUGCGCGGAAAUGUGGCUGCUUUGGAAAAAACGCAAAGACUACUGGACUGAACUUUUUAAUGCUUUUGGUUAUUGAUCAGAGGUCUGCUGUCAUUUAGCUAUGGUUGCCCGGACAGGGACCAUUUUGUGUCAUAAGGGACAAGGGGGGUCUUGCUGUCCCCACCCUUCUCCUCCACCCUGGGACCCAGCAGAGGACCUCCGCUGCAUCACCACCACCUUUCAGUAUCUCCAGGCCUCUGGUUGGUACUGGGGUUCCAUCAGCGCCGGUGAAGCCAAAGAAGCUCUUUUGACAAAGCCUGAAGGCACCUUCCUGUUACGGGACAGCAGUCACCCCCAGUUCAUGCUGGCUCUGUCGGUGAAGACCCGCUGUGGACCUACCAGCGUGCGGAUAGAUUACAACAGGGGCUGUUUCUGGCUGGAUUCCAUUUCUCGAGGUGCGCCUCACCUGAAGACCUUCUCGGAUGUCCUCAGCCUCAUCCAGCACUACACCGUCUCAGGCCAGACCUCGCAGGACUUGGCAUCGUUCAAGACAAAGGCCGAUCCCUCCCAGCACGCAGCCAAAGACGCUGGAGUGCCUCUCAGGCUGGUGCGUCCGCUGCACAGACGGGAAGGUUUCCCUUCUCUACAGCACCUUGCUCGUCUAACCAUCAACAAACAAACAAACUGCCCCGACCAGCUUCCCCUUCCAAAGCCUUUGCUGGACUUUCUGCAGAAUUAUCCUUUCAUUAUAUGAGGAUGUUUGUCUGUCGGAAAAGAGGACUCAAACACACCAGAACUUUGCCGGUAUUUCUCUCAAGCUGUGACUAUUGGAUGGAAGUUCCUCCUGCAGCCGAGGAAAAAGACUGUAGUGGUUCCCGGACAAUAAUGGCUACAUUGAUCAUGGAGAAGCUCAGUUUUUCAUCUGCACAAGAACACUUUGUUUAAAUUCUUUUUACACGGCUGACCCUUGCUAUUGUGAAGAGCUCAAAUAUAAGUUGUUGUGUUUGUGUGUGUCUUUGUUUCAGUUUAGAGAUUAGUAAAAGUUGUGGCAACUGACUGCUUUGUGAUUCCAGCAAAGAGAAUAUGAAGCGGCUGCUCAUUUAGCAAUGCUUUUUGACUAAAUUUAAUUAAUAGAUCACAGAACAAAUAUUCCAGUUGUGCAAACCCAUAUUUAAAAAAAAACAUGCAACACAAAAUUCAGUUUAAAUCGAUGGGGGACUAUGUUUCAUUUCUGUUUUAUCUUUUGAAAAGGAAAGUGCUGAAACAGACUAUUCACACUGAUGGUUUCAGGAGCCACUAAUAUCCCAGAUUCCACGGAUCGUCAACACUUCUGGGCUUCAUGCCCAGAUGUGAAAAACUGUCCACCUUAAAAGAUCUAGAAUCUGCAAAAGCAAAUGUCUAAAACUGAGGUUUUAGGGGAACAUAAACAAAACAAAAACUGAAAGGAAAAAAGUCGUUUAAGCAGUUUUUAGAUUAUUACUACAUCAUGAGAUGUACCAGCAGAUUAUUACUCUUUAAGUCAAAUAAAAAAGAGUGUAUGAGCACCAAAAGGAUCUAAAGUUAUUCUGUCUUGUGAAAGGAAAUAAAACAUACCCCCCCCCCCCCCCCCCCCAUUACAGCCAUUAGGGGUCGUUAGUGGAAAAAAACACAAAGCUGAUAAAAGAGCUUCUGUUUGGGAAUUGGUUAAAUUCCCAGAACAGAAUCAAUUUUUUUAGGGGAUUCAGAGAAUUGAGCCUCCGUUCCCUCAUUUUAAUCACUGGUCACUUCAACAUGCAGAUGCAUGUGAGGUAUUACCGUUUUCAUGGAAACGCAUCUGAGUUGCUUUCCCCGAAGAAGAACUGAGCAGCACUGAGAAAGCCUCUUAUCAGGAUUAGAGUUAAGAGCUGCAGUUAUUAAUACAUUGCUGUGCCAAUUGAAAACUGAGGAUCUUUGUCUGCUUGUCCCGCCUUUCCUCAACCCACCAGCCUAAAAAAUCAUCUUGUUCAAUCAUGAGAAGGAUCACCCGAACACGGUGAAACCAUGAAACCUAAAUGGAUGGAGAGGGCAGCAGGUGUUUAUACUAGCGGGAAAAAAUACUAUAACCACUUGUGUUUUGUAUUUGGAAGCUUUACAAAUCAAGACUCAAAAGUUAAACAUUAACUUGUUUUAGAAUUGGGUCAUUGCAUAAAUAAUCAAUAAUGGAACAUGAAUAAAGAUUGUUUAGUAGUGUUUUUUUUAUUAUUAAGAAACCACAUGUGAGACUUGAAAAAGCUAUUACUGCAGUUCACUUAACUGACUGAUCACAAAACCCUGUAAUACUUUUUUAAUGCCUCAUAGAAUAAACUUUUAUAAAAGCA